AAAAUUCUCCAAACUUAGAAACAAAGGUUUUUGAUGGAUCCAAAUGAGAAUGAUUUGAUAAGCAAUUUACCUGAUGAAAUUCUUUACAAAAUUUCAUCUUUUUUACCCUUUGAAUCAGUUCUUCAAACCACUUUCCUUUCGAAAAGGUGGAGAAAUCUUUGGAAUAUGAUCUCAGUCCAAAAUGGGGCUCUUGAAAAUCUUCCAAAUGCAGCUACAAACUUCCUUAUUCAUCACUUCAAUCACUUCAAUCCAUUGAAUUAUUUCAAAAAGCUUCAAUAUCAGUUUGACAAUGGCGAAGCUCUGUUUCUCUCUGUUUUGUCAAAUCAAAAACUUCACUUACAUUUCUCUUCUCAUAAACAUGAAGUUCCAAGUGAUUUUGAUUGGAAAUUGAAUCUGAAUUAUGAUCACCACCAGCUUUCUCAUUCGACUUUCUUUGUCAAAACUCUCUGUCUUAAAUCGGUAAGCCGUCUCACAACCGAGGCGGUUUCGUCGUUGGUGUCAAGUAUUUAUUCCCUUGAAAGUUUAAAACUCAUCGAAUGCAAUGGAUUGCAAUCAUUUUCAAUCAUUUCUAGUUCAAAGCUGCAAAGCUUGAGCAUCUUAGAUUGUUUACAGUUGGAGUUUCUUCACAUUGGAACCUCGAAACUCCGGUCGUUUCGAUAUAGAGGGUCGUUUCCUCGCAUUCGACUUGAUUAUCAUUUUAACAUGGAAGAUGUGAUGCUUGACUGCAGACAAGGUCCUGGAUACAUGUAUAAGAGUAAUGAGUUUGAUCCAAUUUUGUUGACAGUAAAGAAUGCCGAAACACUCACCAUAUGUAAAUGGACUUUUGAGGCUUUGAUAUUUCCUUCUCUUUCUUGGAACUUCCAAUUUUAUAAGUUGAAAGAGCUGUGGUGGAUCGAUGAUUUGAAAGAAAACUUCAAUGCCAAUCCAUUGAUUGCUUUCCUCAAAUUGUGUCCUACUCUGGAACGUCUCUUUGUUACGUUUGAUCCUGAAAGUUACCACAUUUCAAGCACAGACAAGAAAGUUCGACUCGAGCAGCUCGAAGUUGUAAUCUCGAAAGGAUUUACAAGCCAAGAGAAUGGAUCAUCAUCAGGAGAGAAGCUAAAAAUUGAAAAUUUCUUUAUGAAUUCUAUCGAAGUUUCUCCAUUGCAACUAAAGUUAAAAGACGAAACUAACUUAAAAGUAGGUAAAAUAUGGUCAGAAAAGAUCAAAUCAUUUCCUAAACAUUCUCAUAUAAAAUUAUAUUAGGAGAUACUAAAGUUUUAGAUGGACGUGUUUGAAGAGAUUAUGUUUUUUUUAGGACCCGCAAUAAUGUUUUGAUGCAUACUAGUUUCACUAUUAAUAGGAACUAUAUUAUUACAGUGGUUGGGUAUGUGCCUCCACAUGUUCUACAA